GCGCUGAGGGGGCCUGCGGGGCCCUGGGGGAGCGGGGCGUCGCGUAGCGCCGCCCGGGAGGCUCCCGUCCUCCGCCUCAGCUCGGAGAGAGCCGGGAGGAUGGCUUCGGAGAUGGAGUCGUCGCUGGAGGUCAGCUUCUCGUCCAGCUGCGCCGUGUCGGGGGCGUCCGGGUGUCUGCCUCCCGCCCGCUCCCGCAUCUUCAAGAUCAUCGUGAUCGGCGACUCGAACGUGGGCAAGACGUGCCUGACCUACCGCUUCUGCGCCGGCCGCUUCCCCGACCGCACCGAGGCCACGAUCGGGGUGGACUUCCGAGAGCGAGCGGUGGAGAUCGACGGCGAGCGCAUCAAGAUCCAGCUGUGGGACACCGCAGGACAGGAGCGGUUCAGGAAGAGCAUGGUCCAGCACUACUACAGGAACGUGCACGCUGUCGUCUUUGUGUAUGACAUGACCAACAUGGCCAGCUUCCACAGCCUGCCAUCUUGGAUAGAGGAAUGCAAGCAACACUUGCUGGCAAAUGACAUACCUCGCAUUCUGGUUGGAAAUAAAUGUGACUUGAGAAGUGCCAUUCAGGUGCCCACGGACUUGGCACAGAAGUUUGCUGACACACACAGCAUGCCUUUGUUUGAGACCUCUGCCAAAAACCCCAAUGAUAACGACCACGUAGAAGCUAUAUUUAUGACAUUGGCUCAUAAGCUGAAGAGCCACAAGCCACUGAUGCUCAGCCAGCCUCCCGAUAACAGAAUUUACCUGAAACCUGAAGCAAAGCCUGCCGUGACGUGCUGGUGUUAAGUCAUAGGGAUGUCUGGCGUGGGUCUGACUGAGUCUGAAGGGACACUUCCGAGUAAGAGUAAUUAAGUUUGUAAGAUUCAUUUUAUUUUUUUAUUUUUUUUUAUUUUUUGGGUUUUUUGAGACAGGGUUUCCCUGUGGCUUUGGAGGCUGUCCUGGAACUCGCUCGGUAGACCAGGCUGGUCUCGAACUCACAGUGAUCCGCCUGCCUCUGCCUCCCAAGUGCUGGGAUUAAAGGCGUGCGCCACCAACGCCCGGCAAGAUUCAUUUUAAAGGCAAUGGAUCCUCCCACUGUUACCGUUGUUGCUCUGCCUUUUGUAUCCCGCAUUCUCUUAAUAAGUUUGUCACUGUGACAACACAAAGAAAAGGCCAGUUUACAGUUGGGAUUGAAGCAAAGAUAGGAGGACCCAGGCUGUCUUUCCAGUGCCAGCCCGGGGAAAGCAGCCUCCGGUGAGCAAGAUGGGCUCAGGCCUGGUUCCACCCCAUGUCCCUGGACCAUGAAGGAAGUGUGUGUAGGGCAGGCACACUUACUGAGCAGAGCUAAAGGCAAGUGACAAGUUAAUAAGGUGCUUUUCGUUUCCUGUGGCAUCUAAGCACUAAGAAACUAAUCAAAAGAACCCACUUGGAGUUUAUUUUACCCAUGACUUUUAAUUGAAAUGUCAAAGCAGGCUCCUGGGUCCCUUGCCCUCUGCUCCUAGUCGGUUGGGAGACUCAGGGCUGAUUCUGUCGACGUCCAUUUGGCUGAGGGCUCUGAGGGCAUGCCUCAAGUUGCUGAGUCUACAUGUUUUCCUGUAAUAGUAUUGUUGGGUCAGUUUUUUUUUUUUUAAUGUUUGAAUUUUAUGGCCAUAAACUGCUCCUUGGUAUAGAAAAUGAGUUAAAUAUUGAAAAUUAUCUUAUCUGCCCCUCACUGGUGAAAGAAAUUGUUUUAAGAAAUUUUGUUUUGCUCUAAAUACUUUCAGUUUGAAUUUAAGACUUUGCACAAAGAAAGUAACACAUUUGCAUAUGAAGCUGUUUGCAGAAUGGGUGUAAAUCGUGCUUGGCCUCAUUCUGACAUCGUACAGCCCUGGGCAAUUUUACAGGAAAUUAGGAAAUUAAGCCAAAAUAGGCACUCAAACCUAGUUUCGGAUUUUUUGUUUCAUUAUUCUGAAGGUCCCAGUUGGAAACUUUAGUUACAAAAGCAAGUUUAUUCUAUUUAAUGAACUAAGUGUAAGUAAGACUUUUAAGAGAUGGGUGUACAAUUUUAAAUAUUAGGGCCCAGGUUGGCUCUAUUUGCACUUAGAGAGAUUUUCUUUUUUUAAGUAUGGGGUCUCACUUUGUAGGCCUGAUUGGCCUGGGACCAGGGUAGUCUGAGACCACCUGCCUCAUCCUCCAACUGCAGGGGAUUAAAGGCUUGUGCUCCAGAACUAGCCUGUUAACACUUUUCUUAAUCAUGCUAGAAUUAAAGAUUAAAAAUUGUCUUACCUAAAUUAAUACUGAUCGUGAACUAUUUUUCUAGUGAAACAUGGCUGUAGUAGCUGGCGCUGUAGAAGGAUUUACAGAAGGGAGUCUGUUCCUUGUUUUUCCCACUCUGUCCAACUGGGGAAAGAACAGGUAGGAUUCCCGCACAUCUGUACGGUCCUCAGUAUGCCUUUUAAAGUAACAGACCGUUUCUUUUUGUAAGGCGUUAAUGAGCAUUCUUUACAAUUCUGUGAAAAGCCUCAUUUCUUCCCUUAGUAUUUAUUAAUUAAAACAUUUGUAUCUUAUUUGUAACAACCUACCACCUUAGCAGUUUCUUCUUUUAAAAAGAUACUUAUCACAAAACAAUACAGAGAAACCCUGUCUCGGGAAAAACAACAACAACAACAAAAAAAGAUACUUAUCAGGAGAGCAAGAUUCUCUUUAGAUGUAUUCCAAAGUGUUUGUGAAUGAAUGGCUGUUGACAUCACUUCCAGAAUAAUGGUGAGCUGACAUGUAGUUACUAAUUUUUAAGCACAAAUCACACAUUUUGUAUCUCUGUGAAUUUAUUUUAUCUGACAUUUAAUUGGAAGUAUCAGAUGCUUUAGAAAAAUCUUAGUUUGAGAACCCAAAGCAAACUACUGUAGAAUGUGUUGAGGUUGGCUGUAGACUGCUUGAUUGUACUGCUCUUUCAUGUUUCUUCAACAAGUUCAGUAGUUUGCUGUACGAAACAGUGUCACGCUUACAUUUCUCCUAUGAAGUAAAUAAAUCAUCUUUGCCAUGAA